CUGAAGAAGAAGAGAAGGACAGAAAGAAUCUUUAUGAUGCCGAGGUCUUUCCUUGUUAAAAAGAAACGUGGAACAUGUGGAGCAUGGCAAUGGAAAGAGCCAGAACAGCAUGGGUGGAAAGAAGACAGAAUGGAAGUGAGUCAAAACAUUAAUGAGCAGAUAGCCUGCAAUUCUGGCCCCCAACAUCCUUCCACUUUGCCUCAGUCAGUAGCCACUUUAGGGAUAGCAACAAGAAUGAUCCUGCCAGUGCCUUUGGCAGGAUCAGGAGGGUCAGGGGCUGACGCCAGGCUGGACUGGUCCACACUAAUGCUUCCGGGCCCUUUCUUCCAUCACAGUAUACUGCCACCCGGCAGCAGUGCAAAGCCCCAUCCUCGUCCUUCCCAAAGCUCAGGCGACUUUGUGUGCUCAUUGUGCCACAAGAUAUUCCCUCUCCAGCGCAUGUUAACCCGCCACCUCAAGUGCCACAGCUUGGUGAAGAAACAUCCUUGUCGAUUCUGUGGCAAAGGAUUCAACGAUACCUUUGACCUCAAAAGGCAUAUGAGAACACACACAGGUAUUCGUCCCUACAAGUGUGAGUUGUGUGAGAAAGCCUUCACUCAGCGCUGCUCUCUGGAGUCCCAUAUGAGGAAGAUUCACAGCGUUCAUCAACAGUAUGCCUAUCGCCAGAGACGCUCCAAGAUUUUUGUAUGUGAGGAUUGUGGUUACACCUCAAGCCGCCCUGAUGAGUAUUUCCUUCAUGUGAGACAAUGCCACCCUGGUAGUCCCGCCCUACGCAGGUACUACCGCCGCCAGUCCCAUGACAACAGCAGCUUUGCAUCAACAGACUGUAAACUCAGUCCCUAUUUGCUGUACUCAACCCCUGCAUACUACAUGUAGGGUUCAUUAUGCUUAUGAUUUUAAAUUUGAUUGUACUGAAGCUGA